AUGACGAUGACGACCCAAGAUCUUGCGAUGGAAGGGGAAAAGCAUUUGGAAGAGACUAUCGAAGCGGCUUUUCAGAUAAUUUCCGCCAUGAACGACGAGCUCUGCAAUCCUUCCUUGUGGUCUACAUCAGCCACUGCGAGUUCCGCUGCUCAGACAACGACGACGGGUUCCAACGGGACGGCUCUCGUUUCCGUCGAUGCGACUGCGAUUGAUGGAGCGCCGCAUCAUUCGGAAUCCGGUGCUGGUGGCAGCGGCGGAGGAAGCGGAAAUAGCGCUCUGGAUGAAGCUAGUCUUCGCUAUAAGAACUCCGUGACUUCGCUUCGUGCUGUUCUUGCUGCGAUUCCCAAUUCGCAGAAGGCAAAAGCAUCUGAAACGGAAAGUGGUUUAGGAACUCCUGAAAGUGAAGAAGAAAUCGAAAAGUUGGAGGAGCAGGCCUUAAGUCUCAGAAAGGAGAUCGCAAAGAGGAAUGUUCAUGUCAAACAACUUAUCGACAAAUUUCGAGAACUUAUAGCAGAUAUCUCCACAUGGCAAAGCCCUUGUUCUGUUUGA